UGGCGGCACAAAAGUAGCAACUCACCAAUCUAAUCUCCUCUUCUUCCCUCUCUAGAGGAAGAUUUGAUCACCAUUGUUGUCUUAGAUUCAGCGCUCCAAAAAGCAAAGCAGCAAUCUUUUUCUUCUGGGGAAUGCUGUGGGCGGUGUAAAAUUUCAGAAUUUAUACUCUUCUACCGAUAUAUCCUUCUCUGGGUACCCAAAAAGAUGCAAGAUUCCGCCUCUGCGUUUUCUCCCUCUAGCCUUCUCUGCGACGAAGACGAUUCUCGCUUGAGAGACGGCGUUGACAGAGGUUUGGACUUUGACCCUUGUCCCCCCUCCUCGGAAUCCGAUAAUGAGUACGUAGAAACGUUGAUUGAAAGAGACGCCAGUUCUCAAUCGAAUAACUACGGAGUUUCCUGCGAUGAUGCUUGGCUGAAAUGUGCUCGAUUGGAAGCCGUCAAUUGGAUUCUCAAUAAUCGAGCUGUUUUUGGAUUUCAGCUCCGUACAGCUUAUCUAUCAAUGAUGUAUUUCGAUCAGUUCAUUGCUAGGACAUCCAUUGCUACUGGGAAGAUUUGGGCUAUUCGAUUGCUAUCAAUUGCGUGUUUAUCUUUGGCUGCCAAGGUGGAGGAGUGUAAAGUACCAGCAUUGUCUCAGUAUCAUGUAGAUGACUACUAUUUUGCUGGCAACAUUAUUCAAAAAAUGGAAUUAUUGGUCUUGAAUACAUUGGAGUGGAAGAUGAAUUUGAUUACCCCUUUUGCUUUUGUCCACUAUUUUGUCACCAAGUUUUGCGGGGAACCUAGAUCCAAAGAGCUAGUUCCCAAAGCCAUUGAGCUCAUUGUAGAUGUAAUGAAAGAGAUUAGUUUGGUGGAACACCAGCCAUCGUUUAUUGCUGCAGCAUCUGUUUUAGCAGUUUAUGAUUGCAAUCUGACGAGAAAAACAGUGGAGAUUAAGACUAGUGUAAUCCCGUCUUGGGGGUUUCUAGAAAAGGAACAUGUGUUUUCCUGUUAUAGUCUGCUUCAGGUAAUGGACACGGUUAAGUCCAAGACCCCCAAGUCUUCAGUUUUACCCAAUUCAUUGUUACCUUGUCCAUGUUCAAUUGUUCACGACAAAUCGCCCACUUCCAUGGCCGUUGGCUCUAAGAGAAGGCUUACAUACAGUGACAAUGAUCAACUGGAUUCAUCAAGGUAGUAGUGGAGUUUGAUUUUUUAAAGGAAAGUUUUGGUUUGGUGGUGUUGCCUACAAUUCAAUAAAGGGCAUCAUACCUGUGGCUGAUUGGGCUUUCAGGAAAGAGUCUGGUGUGACAACCAUGCAAGUGGUGAAAAGAGAUAUUUUUAAGGAAAAAAAAAGGAUUUCUUUAUGCAACAGCGAGAACUUAGAACCUAACCAAAGUUCAAAAGAAGAAGUUUUUUUGAGGAGAAAGUAAGAUUGAAAUAUAUAUAUUUAUAUGAACCAGUUGAAUACUGUGCUGAGAGUAGCUUUUGGUUGCUUUUCCUUUUGCUAAGGCUGCUAGUGCAUACUUUUCAUUUGCUAGUUCUUUACUGUAUGUUAUGUUCUUUGAUUUGUUUCUCUGUUUUGUUUUCCUGGGGAAUGCUUAAUAACUGCAUUUGCCUGCUGUAUCCUACACAAAUUCCAUGAGAAUCCUGGGAUACACACAUGUGUUCAUUGAAAUCUCUGAAUAUCAUGAGUACAUGGAAAGAAGAA